AUGCCUCCAAAUUUUUUCCAAAAACCGGAAACGGCACUUAAACGUGCUCAUGAACUUAUAUCUGUUGGCAAAGAGAUGGAUGCAUUGGAAACGCUCCACGAUACCAUAAAAUCAAAACGCCACAAGCAAUGGACAAAGACGCAUGAAGCAAUUAUGCUGAAGCAUAUGGAACUUUGUGUUUCAUUACGACGCCCACAUAUGGCCAAGGAUGCUCUUUUCCAGUACAAAACGCUUACUCAACAGGUUGCCAUUAAAUCUCUUGAAACUGUUAUACAACGGUUUCUGGAGCUUGCACAGCAGAAAACGGAAGAAGCGCAGAAGACUUCUAUUGAGAAAGUUGAAGAAAUUGAUGAUUUGGAUCAAGCCGAUGCCCCUGAAAACUUGUUACUGUCAGCUGUAUCCGGUGACGCUGCACAAGAUCGAAUGGAUCGAACUGUGUUGAGUCCUUGGCUGCGUUUUCUGUGGGAUUCUUAUCGAAAUUGUCUUGAUUUGUUAAGGAAUACCGCUGUGGUUGAGCAGUUGUAUCAUCGUAUUGCGAGGCAGUCAUUUGAGUUCUGCGCGAAGUAUCAGCGGCGAACAGAGUUUCGUAAAUUAUGUGAUAAUCUCCGAUUACAUUUAACGCAAAUUCAGAAACACCAGCAUUUGGCUCAUGUGGUGAAACUAACAAGUGCAGAGUCAUUGACUUUAAUGCAAGAUACGCGUUUAAUACAGUUGGAUACAGCAAUACAAAUGGAAUUAUGGCAAGAGGCAUACAGAAGUGCGGAAGAUGUUCAUGGUAUGAUGCAAUUAAGCAAAGAUAAAGAUGAACGCAUGGUUAAACCAGCAAGUUAUGUCAAUUACUACGAUAAGCUCGCAUUGGUAUUUUGGAAAGCUGGUAAUAGACUCUUCCAUGCAGCUGCUCUCCUUCAGAAAUACAUUAUUUACAAAGAUAUGAAGAAAACAUUUAGUAUGGAAGAAGCUAUGGAUCAAGCAACUCGUGUCCUUCUAGCAACACUUGCAAUACCGGAUGGUGCUGAUAAUCCUUCCGAUUUAACACGCCAUUUGGAUAUUGAGGAACAACACAUUGCAAAUAUGCGAUUGUUGUCGAAUCUCCUUCGUUUGCCGGUAGCGCCAACAAGGGCUGGAAUUUUGAAAGAAAUUACUCGUUUGAAUUUGCCGGAUGUUGCUGUGGAAAGUGCACGUACUCUAUAUAGAUUACUGGAGUGUAAUUUUGCGCCUCUGCGUCUUGCAAGUCAGAUUCAAGCGGAAUUAACAAAGGUAACAGAACUGAACAGAGCUGAAUAUAAUCAGUAUGUUGAGGCAUUGAAGGGUGUUACAGCUACAAAAAUUAUAAAGCAAAUUUCGGUCAUUUAUGAUACACUUUCAAUUGGACGUAUCCAGAAAGUAAUUCCAUUUUAUAAUGGCGAUGAGCUAGAGCGUUUCUUGGUGGAUAUAGCAAAGCAUCGUUAUGUCAAAGCUCGCAUUGAUCAUCGUGGCGGAUCAAUUCACUUUGGAGCGGCAGAUGCCGCACUUUCUGGGUUUUUCGAUUUGGAAGUAUCGGAUGGUUUUGGUGGUGAGGCAGAGCAGGUAGCUGUCGAGGAUAUUCGAAAUCAUCUUCAGUCAAUGUAUAAUAACCUACGAGACGCUGUUCAAGUUCUUGAUUAUGAAAAAAUUAAGAGAGCCGCUACUGACGACUUGAAACGUCAUGCAGAAAUAUAUUUAUAUCACAAAGAUGCUGAUUACGAGCGAAUACUAUUGCGCAGAAAGAAAAUUGAAAGUUAUAAGGAAACUAGUGAACGACAAAAAUUGGAAAAAUGUCAACAAGCUCAGGCGGAAGCUAACAGGAAGGAAGAACAGAGAAGAGCUGAAGAAAUGCGUCGUUUGGAACAGGAAAAUAUCGAAAAAGAAAAACUGCGGAGACUUGCGGAGCAGGAGGAGAUCGAUCGUAAAGUACGAGCAGAAAAAAUGAAAAAAAUCCAAGCGACUCCAAUAUAUCAGGCUAUUGUAAAAGAUCAUGGCGAAGAAGCCUUUCAAAAUAUGGAUCCUGAUUCAGUACUUCGUGAACAACGUGAUCGUUUGGAUGAACAGCGUCGUGAACAACAAGCCCGUUUGCAGCAACAAGAAAAGAAAUUUGAUCAUCUGAUCCGCGCUUAUCAUCUACAAGAAAUGGUAGCACGUAAGGCUAUUUCAGAUAAUUUUGCGGUGAAAGCUCCACAAAACCAUGAUUCUUAUGAGAAGCGUCGUGUUGAAAAUGCAAUCAAAGACCACGAAAAUGCAGUUGCUGUUUAUGAGCGCAUGCAGAAAGUACGUAAAGAUCCGGAUGCAGCUGCAUUCUUGGAAUCGGUUAAAAAGGCACGUGCUGAUGAUUUCAAUAAGAAAAUAGAGGAUUGGGAGAAGAAAUUGCGUGAUGAGAAACGAAAACGUCUUGAAGAACGCCAUGAACUUCGAAAGAAGGAGCGGAGGAAAGAAUGGCUUCAGGAACGUGAAAGAGAAUUGGUGAAAGCAAGAGAAGUAGCAGAGCAAACAAGGAGAGACGAACAGGAGAAAGAACGAAGAGCAGUCCGUGAAUCACAACGCCCGUCCAAACGGGAAAUAGUUGAAAAUUCAGAAAUGGACUCCGAUUGGCGUAAGAGUGCACAACCAACACAACCUCGAACUAUUUCUUCAAAGCCCUUUGGAGAACGUUUCGUGGAAGGUGAACGUUAUCGUGAAAGUGGUGCAGUUACUGCAUCCGAAGCUGAUAGUGGACCAUGGGUACGUGGAAAUGUUACUGGAUCGCAGAGACAACAAGAUGUCCCGAUUCGUAAUAUUGAACGUCCUGCUGUGCCAUCACGCUUUUCUAAUCGAGAACAAGCACGUGGUGAAGCAGAUUCAACGACAAAUUGGAGGAAGGGACAAGUAGCACAACGUGAUAGAGAUCAGUCUGUUGGAAAACAACCACUCAUGGAAAAACGUGGCGAACCCUCCGGUGCUCAGCUACAUGACGUGAAAGCUGUAGCCACUCCUUCUCCAGCUGAUGCGGGCCCAUGGAGACGAGGAAUGAUUGUAGCACGUGAUCAAGCCGAUUCAUCACAACGGACGUCUGCAGCAACUCCCACAACUCAACCGUGGCGCCCUUCGAGGUUACGUCAAGCAGAUGGUGCACCUGUAAACGGUGCUCCAUCUGGAAGAAUAUUAGAAGGAAGUGGUAGUAAUGAACCAAGUAUAGGUAAAUGGAAUCGAUCUAUACAACGUACUGGUGAUAGCCAUGGUGCACAGUCUUUUCGUGGUAUAUCUCAGCAUCAGCAGCGUAGAGGAGCAGCUGACGACGAUCGUAAUUGGCGCCAAAAAUGA